AUAAAAUGUCAAAAUAUAGGUCAUAUCAAAUCAGUUGCUUAAGUUAAACAGGCCACCUCCUAUUGUAUGUAAAAAUAAAGUUGCAUUACACUUUUUGUGGUUGGAAAACCCCUUGUGUUUUGGACUCAAAUCUUUAACACAGCCAGGAGACUUUUAUUUUGUGUUUUAACAUGUUGAAGUGUCUUGCUUCACAAAGCAGUUAUGUUGUCGUCAUGAUUAUCAGCAGCAACAGCCCCCUCUAGUGGAUGGACGCUACAAUCCAUGAAAAGCUGGCAAAAACACGACGCCUGUCGUUACGUUACUCACAUUUCGGAGCUAAACUAUAAAUAAUAUUGACAAUAAUAAUAAAUUAUGGUCAUACUUAUGACUGCACACGACGAGAACGCUGAAUGUAUUUGAUAUAAUGUUUCACAGCACUGCAGGAGGUUUUAUAAUUUUCGUUGGACAAUAAUAUGGUAGGACAUGUGGUGUUUUAAAACGUUAUAAUAUUUAUAAGUAUUGCAAUUAAUAAGAGACCCCCAACAACAGCAAACGUACCACGCAGUUACAGUGAGACUUUUAUUAAGACGGUCUUGCAUUGUGUCCUGUGUCACGUCUGUCUGUCACGCCUGUGUAAACAGUUCACCUUAUGUUUAUUUAGACUCGUCUAACUACAUAUAUUACGCUGGUCAUAGUAUGUAACACAAUUUAAGAGCAUGUGUUUGCAACCCCUUGUAGUGAAAUGUGUAGAAAGAUCCGCGUCUCUUCUCCGGAGCCUGGUCACAUGCGCGCUCGGGAAUAAUGGCUGCACAGGAACCCUCACCACCAUCUUCAUUAGAAGGCAACAAACCUGGCUUUCCCAAGAAAAUACUCGCCAACAAGCUGGAGGACAAGCAUCUGUGCAAUAUCUGCCUGAAAAUCCUUAGGAGACCGUUUCAGGCGCAGUGCGGACAUCGUUUCUGUUCGUAUUGUUUUAAUAAAGCAGUGAGCUCCGGACCACAGAAAUGCAGUGCCUGCAUAAAAGAGGACAUAUUUGAAGAGCCAACAUCAAUUUUGAAACAGGGCUGUGCUUUUCCUGAUAAUGCUGCUAAGAGAGAAGUUGAAGCUCUUGAAGCUGUUUGUAUCAAUGAGGAGUGCAGCUGGACAGGCACCAUCAAAGAAUACGAGGCAAACCAUGAGGGUAAAUGUGACUUCAGGAUCCUGCCCUGCCCAUCAUGCAAAGAGCUUUUAAGAGCCAAUGAACUUGAACGUCACAAUGAGAGAGAAUGCCCAGAGCGGACCCUAAAUUGUAAAUACUGCAAGGAGCCUUUUCAUUUUAAAAACAUUAAGGCCCAUGAUGAGAUCUGCCCUAAAUACCCAAUGAUUUGUGAAGGCUGUGCCAAGAAAAAAAUUCCCAGAGAGAAAUAUGUGGACCACAUUAAACUGUGCACCAAAUUCAGAACACCCUGCAGAUUUCAUGUUGUCGGCUGUGAUAUGACGGUGGAGAAGGAGAAGAUCCACGAUCACGAACAAGCCUGUUCCUACGAGCACUUAAACCUCCUCCUGCACUUCAUCAUGGGCAUCAAGGUGAACUUGGAGAGUCUGCAGCCUCAGAGUCUGGAGCUGGCCAGCCAUAAGAUCCACGAGCUGCAUCAGUCUCUGCGGGAGCUGGAGCUCAAGAUGGGCCAGCUGUGUGGAGCAGGGGCUUCCGUGCAGGGGGCCUGUGCACUGCCGCCGCCACCACCGCCAGCUCCGACGCUGGGUACGUCUUUCACCCCUUUACCUACUGCCGUCGGUGCAGCUUUGGAGUUGCAGCUGCACAGUGAGAAAACCAAAGUGGUGGAGCUCAGCCGUCGCUGUCAGGAGCUGGAGCUGAAAGUUAAUACCUUUGAGAACAUCGUCUGCGUGCUUAACCGUGAGAUGGAGCGCUCCGCUACUACCAUGGAGGCGUAUAAUCGUCAACAUCGGCUUGACCAGGACAAGAUUGAGAUACUCAACAACAAGGUACGGCAGUUGGAGAGGACGGUAGGCCUUAGGGAUCUCUCCAUCGUGGAGAUGGAGGCUAAGAUGAGGGAGAUGUCUGCUGCCACCUAUGAUGGUGUGUUUGUAUGGAAGAUCUCAGACUUCUCGAAGAAGAGACAGGAUGCUGUAGCUGGACGAGCACCUGCUAUGUUCUCACCUGCAUUUUACACAAGCAAAUACGGCUAUAAGAUGUGUUUGCGCAUCUACCUGAAUGGAGAUGGGACAGGACGUGGCACUCAUUUGUCUCUGUUCUUCGUGGUGAUGAGGGGACACAGUGAUGCCUUGCUCAAGUGGCCUUUCAAUCAGAAGGUCACCCUCAUGUUGCUGGAUCAGAACAACAGGGAGCACAUCAUUGAUGCCUUCCGGCCAGACAUUUCCUCUUCCUCCUUCCAGAGGCCUGUGAGUGACAUGAACAUUGCGAGCGGCUGCCCCCUCUUCUGCCCGCUCUCCAAACUAGACUCCAAGAACUCCUACAUCCGGGAUGACACCAUCUUCAUCAAGGCCAUCGUUGACCUCACAGGCCUUUAAGGUGUCAGAUGUUGCUGCUCCACCAUGCUCUUCUCUCUCCAGCCUGUAGUGGUUCCUGUGCAGUACUUUUUUUGUUGUUGUUUUCCUGAGGCCUGUUCCCUCAGCCUGAGCUCUUUGCCGUGCUUGCGCGAGCCCAAAGAGACUAUGGUACCCGGUGCAAUAUUGCGCCGGGGGUGAUGCCACUCUGCAUUAUGUACCAAAAUCGUUCCCAGAGUUUGUGCAGUUCCACUGUAAAAUAGUUACCCUUUGGGAACCUCUCCCUCUCUCGUAGUGGGAUAGCUGUCAGCUGUGAUUGUAACGUAUCUACUUGCCUGUGCCAUAGAUGUGGCACCUUGCCUUUUAUACAGAUUGAGAAGACUUGCUCCAUAAGAAAGACAUCAUUUCAUUUCUACACGCUCUGCUUGUGUCGCGCUCACUAUUUGGAUAUUUUUUUCCUUUCUUUAGUGUUUGAGCUACUUGUAAGUGAAUGUUUCGUGCGUAGACAGACACAGAGUCACCCUAAUGAAUGAUGUCAAUGCAUUCAUUUCGCGACUGCGUAGUUAACUUGCUUCAUACGCAAUCGACAGUCUUCUGACAUUCCCUUUUUAAGCAUAGUGUGCCUCGAAUGUUUCUCGUUUCCAUUGGUUCUCUGUAGUGGUGGACAUUGCUUGAAUUCCCAAAGUCCAAAGCGCAGAAAUUGGCUGUUGAUUACCUGCUUGAGGAGUUUGUUUGUGUGCGUGCGCGUGAUGUUUUUGGGCCUUCGUUUCCAUUUUUGGUGUUCUUUGGUGUAUUAGUUUGCAUGUUGGAUCUGUGGAAGAUACAUUCAAGUUAGCAACAGACCAGGUUUGCACCCUGAGCCUGAGAAUCGAAGGCAGUUUCAUUGUAAAAUCGCUGUCGAAGAAAAUGACUAAAUCACGCUGGUGUCAAAAAUCGCCCAGUUUAUUUCUUUGGACCUCAAAUGUCUCAUCAGUCGACGUGGUGAUUCGCGAAUAAAAGAUAGCCUAAAGGUAGUGUUAAGUAGGACAGGUAAUCUCGUGUGCUUUAUCGUGACGUGGAAAGGCAGAUGUUCGUUAGCAUUUUGAUGUUCUCCUGUGUUUUUGGGUGUUCUGUUGAUAUUGUGCUGCUUUGGGCAAACAUAAUGGAUGCCGUUAAAACUAUAUGACUUGCUUCGGACCGUGCCGAUCAGUAUAAGCCAAGCAGGUGUAGUCAGUGAUUCCUGUCGUCUUUAUCCCAGAAAGACUGUGGGGUUUGCGUUCUGUAAAUGUGCUAGAAAUCGAAGAAUGUGAUUCGUUACGCCAUUUUGAAGUAGCCUCAGUCCUUAAUAUACAGACAGUUCAGUGCGUUCGGCCGUGAGACUUUUCCUCUUUUUAUUUGCAACCAGAGAAGGCAUUACUAAAUAUAUACAAUGCAUAACUCCUACAUAAGGGCUUUUAGUAUACAGUACGUCUUCCAUGUGAGCUUUUCAGUCUGCUUAUUUUCGGAAACGGAGUCUGAGAUGCUUUUUUUAAAGAUGCCUUCACGCUAACAAAGCACCUGGACCCAGCCUAUUUUCAAACCAUUUCCCACAGAUAUCGAAACCUCUCUGUGCAUGAGAUGUUUUGAUAGAGAAGAGAAAAAGAACAUAUUGUAAAUUAUUGGUUUACUUUGUAGACCAACACUUUAUUUGUAUUGUUUUACCUUUUUUAUCUGUCGAUUGAGAUGCAGUAUAUGAUGAUAAAUGUGAGUGUGGUAUAUUGUUUUAAGUAUAAAUAGAUAAACUAUACAGUGUACACGGUUUUGCGACUGGUGUAGCUGUGGAUAUAACAAAUACAAAUAUACAUAUAGAUAUGCAUAUAUACGUAUAUAUAUAUACAUAGAGAGAGAUAUAUUUAUAUAUUAAUAGAGUUAUAUAUCAAUAAUAAAUGUACUAUUUCCUGUUGGGAUGGUUUCAAAAUGUGUUCGGGCUCAUUCUGGGCUUUGAUAAGUUCUCUUUCACUUUGGCAGCAUCCUCUGAGAGAAUGAGACUUUGAAAAAUCUUCUGGUUUUUCCUCCCUCUCUCUCUCAAGAGCCUGUCUACAUGAAUAAAUCUCACCGCCGUAGAUUUCCCAGCUUGCUUUUUGCCCCAAUGAGAUUUCAAAGUACUUGUGUGAAUAGUUCUACAGAUGUGACGUGCCUCUGUAGCAUAACUGCUUCUAUACAAAUGCUCUCUUAUACAUAGCUUUAGCUAAAGUUGCAUGUGGCCAGGGUGUUGUACUGUAAAUCACAUUUAAUAACGAUAUAUUCUUUGGGAUUUUUUUGGAAUACAUAGCGUUUUUAUUUAGCUAUUUUGAGCAGCUGUCACAUGAUUUAAUAGUAGUAUAGUAGUAGUGCACACAUUUUAGCUUGUGCAAUUAUACAAGUGUCCUUCCUGUUCUUGAGUGUGAAAUCUGCUGUUUGCAUUCACUCGAUCUGGGCUCAUAUUCAUACGCUGAAUAGGCGACUCGGAAAAGCUUGACCUUAAGUGGCUGAGAGCCCUUUUAUCUGUAACAAAUAAUACAUUAACUGAUUCUGACUUGCUUUUUAUUUUUGGAUAUAAGCAUACGCUACACUAGAAAUGUGCUAUUUUUUAAGUUUUUGCAUACCGUUGUUGAGAUUAAAAACUCACUGAAAUAAUAAUAGUUUAUGGAAUCCAGGACUGAUUUUUGUUUCCCUCCUCCUCCUUUAGCUGACUGAGAUUUGUAUACCUUUUUAUUUUCUGAGGUUGCAUUUCAUAGAGGUUGCUUUAAUAAUCAAACUUUCUACGUAACUUUGUAUGCCUUUCUCAUGGUGUCUCAGUGCCACUAAUCUUCCUGAUUCUGUUUUACAGAGCUAGAGAUGUUACUGUGAAGGCACUGUGGGUUUCUUCCGCAAAUUGUGGUAGUCAAUGUGCCAAGGAAGGAACCUCUGUGUGAUUCAUCCGGUGUUAUGGUUUAAUCUAAAAAAAGCAAACUAAAUAAAGUCUUUUCUGUUUCUUCUUUCUCCA